AUGAGCUGGGUUGUGUUCAAACGUGCCUUCGUGGGGCGUUUCUUUCCCCGUGAGCUGAGAGAGGCAAAGGUAAGAGAAUUCCUCACCCUUAAGAAAGAAUCCAUAAGUUUGCAUGAGUACAACCUCAAGUUCACUCAACUGUCCCGUUAUGCUUCGGAGAUGGUUGCUGAUAUGAGAAGCAUAAAGAGCUUAUUUGUGUCUGGGUUUUCUCGAUUGCCAAUCAAAGAGGAUAAAGUUGCUAUGUUGAUAGGGGACAUGGACAUAGCAAGGCUUAUGAUCCACGUGCAGAAGGUUAAGGAGGACAAGUUGAGCGAUAGGGAAGAGUUCCGCAGCAAGAAGGCUAAGAUCAUAGGUAAUGAGUCUGGGCAGCAAAAGAACAAUGCGAACCGGUCAUCUUUUCAACAAAAAUCAAGUGGACCUGCUCCAUCAUCUGCUAGUGCACCUGAAUUAAAGAACAGAGGUCACUUCAUGGGAGCGCGCCCUAAGAACAAGAAGGGUAGUGGUAAUGGGGGCAAUAGAGCCCAAUCUUCUUCAGUGGAUCCGUCAAAUAGAGUUGCAACUAGAUGA